AAAGUUUAAUAAUUUCAUAUACUGCGUACAACUGGAUGCUCAGCACCAUUCAGUUUUCAUCUCCUAGAUUAGUUUUGCAUUUAGAAUGACUUGGAGAACAACCUUGAUAUUAUUGCGACCCACUGAAUGUAUCCUCCCUCUUGAUUUUAGCUGAUGAGUGUGAAAGUAAUUUCCUUCAAAAAUGGUGCAAGAGCUGAUUUGAAUAACAAACUAUGUAUAGACUUGAUCUGCAUAAAAUCAUGGUAGGUGCACAUGGAUUGGCUGGAUGGUUUUGGCAGGAUCUUUUCAUAGAUGAGAAAAUAACCCAGCUGUGGUUAUUGCAGGUGGCUCAUCUGAAUCAGUCUCUCCCACAUUCAUAGGCAAAUGAGCGGACCGAGUGACGCUGUGACUAUCAGAGUGUAAAUGCACUUCCUCCUGACUUGUUGUAGGUUUAAGUGUGUCACUGGGCAGCAUGACGGAGGUGAUGAACAGCUGUGACUCCGCGGUGGGAGACUACAGUGUGAGCGGUGCAUCUGAGGAGCAGAACAUCUCUUUUCAGAUCUCCCCAGACUCCCACGAACGGUUCCCAAAGCUUUCCAAACGCUUGCCAUCCAUCGUGGUUGAACCCACUGAGAGCGGGGAGGUGGAGAGCGGGGAACUCCGCUGGCCUCCUGAUGAUCUGAGCCCUACAGACGACCCCAGAGACAAACAGGCCAAGGCUGCAAGUGACAAGGCCACAGAAGACAGCCAAGAGGUCGCAAUAGCGACAGAAAACUAAUGGGCGAUGGUUGGCACCAAUCCAGCCAAUCACUGUGAAUGUCUUCAUUAUGGACAGGAGUGAAUGGGAGACUCCACCAGUUAGGUCUGCCUAUCAUAUCAUCCACACUAGAGCCGCCCACCAGCUGACCUUCACUCCCCUAGGUGGAGCCGAGGCCUGAGAGACUGUCUUAACUGAGCUAUCUCACGUGCCAAACUCUAGUGGUAGUCAGCUGCUGUGAUUGAGUUGUAAAAGAUCUCCAGUAACACCAUGAUACCCAUUAGAAGUCACCUAUGCCUGCUAAAUUAUAGAUUGGCAUUCAUUUAUGUAUUUAUUUGCUUUGGACCAAAGUCUUUCAUUCCUUCCUAUCAAAAGGACAUAUAGCUUCAGGAUAUUAAUUUGAUGUAUUAUAUCAGCAUACAUUAAGUGAAAAUGGAUUUCAGAUGAUAUGUAAAUUAACUAUAGAGUGCAUAAUGGCCAGUGUAGAUUUCAAACUUUACGCCAUGUACAGUAUAUCUCAGUUUGUUUUCACGUUCACUUAGGCUUUUCUUCUUAACAUGCUUUCCAGAUUUGCACAUAUUCUUUGGCACUUGCAUUAAUUCUGUUAUUCACAUCGCUGCUGCUUAUUUACUAGUGUUCGUCAGAGCUGCUGUAAAUGUAGCUUUCUUUGCCUUAGACAUUUAUUUGUAGUUACACUGUAUGUCAUAAUUUAAAUGAAAUGACUGUUUGCAUAUAAGACGGUCAUUAUUUUACCCAUCAUAUGUAUCUGUCACCUUCCUAAAGCGAAACUUUUUUGGUGCUUCAGAGUCUGUUGAAUAUCACUGUAUUCUGUUACAAAUCUACUGCUCUUUUGAUGUUUGAGUAUUAGUCUUAAAAUAUGAAUAAUCUGUCUGGGAAUGGGAAUGAAUGCAGCACAGUAUCACUUAGCAUUAAAGGCAGUUAUUUCUACAU